GCCAUUGAUCGAAGCACAAACUAUUGAGAUUAGAGAGCGAGCGAGAGAGAAUUCAUUCGGACCCAACUCAACGACACGACUCGGCUCAAUUACCUGGUCCGAAGUUAUGGAACUCGCUCCACACAACCCGGGUUCUAAUCCGCUCCGACCCGACGAACCAGAGCUCGAACUCUACUCAAUCCCACGCCACUCUAGCUGGUUUCUGUGGGAUGAGAUUCAUGAAACUGAGAGAAUUGCGUUGAAAGAGUAUUUUGAUGGGAGCUCGAUAUCGAGAACGCCGAAAACGUACAAGGAAUACAGGGAUUUUAUCAUUAAUAAGUACAGGGAAGAUCCUUCUAGGAAGCUUACAUUCACUGAGGUUAGAAAGUCGCUUGUGGGUGAUGUUACUUUGCUUCAUAAGGUGUUUAAUUUCUUGGAGAAGUGGGGGUUGAUUAAUUUCGGUGCGAAUUCAGGUGGUGGAGGGGGUUUUGUUGCUGGGGGUGAUGAGAGGUGUAAGGUUAAGGUUGAGGAUGGAGUUCCCAAUGGGAUCCGGGUGGCUGCAAUGCCGAAUUCCAUUAAACCCAUUUCGCAGGUUUCGGGUCAACCUAAAGUUGGGGAGGUUGGGGGUGGUGGAGGUGUGAGUAGAGUUGGGUUUCCUCCGUUGGCAUCAUACUCUAAUAUUUUUGGUGAUUUGAAGAAGGAGGGGUUGGUUUGUGGAAACUGUGGUGGACAUUGCGAUUCUGGACACUACAAGUAUAGCAAGGGUGAUUUUCUGAUUUGCGUAAAGUGUUUUGAAAGUGGAAACUAUGGGGAGAACAAAUUAAGGGAUGAUUUCAAGUUCAACGAGGCAGUUGAAAAUAGCAGGAUUAAUGGAGUUGAAUGGACUGAAUCAGAAACCCUAUUACUUUUAGAAUCUGUUUUCAAGUAUGGGGAUGAUUGGGAGCUUGUUGCCCAAAAUGUUCAGACCAAGACCAAAUUUGAUUGUAUUGCUAAGCUCAUUGAUCUGCCUUUUGGGGAGCUUGUAUUGGGUUCUGCUUACACAAAAGACAAUUCUAAUGGCUUUAGUGCUAAUUUGGACUCUACAAAGCAAGUUCAGUUAUCUUCAACAGGGUGUCAAGAGACUAUCAUAACCAAGGGUCAGUUGCAUGAGCAGACAGAUGAUGGCAAGCAGAACGGAGACACUUUGAGUGAAGGUCCACCUUUGAAAAGACAGCGCAUUGCUUCUCUUUCGGAUGCUAGUACAUCUCUGAUUGAACAGGUAGCUGCCAUAUCAACCAUGGUUGGUCCACAAAUCACAGCUGCCGCAGCUGAUGCGGCCGUUAAUGUGAUUUGUGAGGAAACCUCAUGUUCAAGGGAGAUAUUUGAUACUGAUGACGAUUCUCUUACUAAUGGCGUGUGGUCUCCUGCUAAAAACUAUGAGACAGAGAGAGUCCAAGACGGGGAUUUGGAAAUGAAGGAAAAGCCAACCGGAUCAGAGAGUCAGGAUGCACUCUUCAGAAAAGAUGACAUACCUCCAACUUUGCAAAUUAAAGCUGCCAUUGGAACAACUCUCGGAGCAGCUGCCGCUCACUCAAAAUUAUUGGCUGAUCAGGAGGAUAGACAGAUUGAAUAUCUAAUGGCAACCAUAAUUGGGACACAGAUGAAAAAGCUGCACUUCAAACUGGAUUACGUCAAAGAUCUGGAGCAAAUCAUGAAGAAGGAACACGCUCAAAUUGAAGACGCAGAAGAUUUUCUCGUACAAGAGCGGAUUAAUGUCUUGCAAAGAACAUUCGACUCCAGUGUACCUAGAUGGAGGGGUCAUCCCGCUAUGAAAUCUUGAAACGCUUGUUGUAUUGUUAAUUGUAGAGUAGAGUAGAUUAGAGCAGGAUGUGUUUCCUUUGUAUCUUUAGGCGAUUUCUAAUUCUUGCUGAUGAGGUUAGGCUGGUUAGCAGAUUAGGGUUGAGGAACAGAACAACUUUGUACAAUUGGGAUCUUAUCGUUUCUUCACAUGCUUA